AUGACCGCCGCCGCGCCCUCCGCGACCAUGCGCCUCAUCGAGGCCUCCACCAUGAUAUCCCAGGGCGCAGAAGCCAAAAUCUACCGCGCGCGCCUGCACCCGCCCGCCGCGUCCUCCCCCAGCGACCCGUCCGCGCCCGACGGCUGCGUGCUCCUCAAGCACCGCUUCGCGAAGCAGUACCGGCACCCGACGCUCGACGGCGCGCUCACGCGGGCGCGCGUCGCGGGCGAGGCGCGCGCGCUCGUGCGCUGCCUCCGCGCGGGCGUGCGCGUCCCCGGCGUGCGCAUGGUCGACGCCGCCGCGGGCGUGCUCGGGAUCGAGUGGGUCGACGGCGCGAGCGUGCGGGCGCUGCUCGGGGGCGGCGCCGAGGGCGAGGUCGAGGUCGAGGAACGAGACGACGGCGAGGAGGAAGAGGGAGAGGAAGAGGCGCACGAGGAUGGCGCCGAGGUCGCGCUGAGGGAGUACGGGCUGACGCCAGACCAGGUGAUGGAGAUGAUCGGGGCGGAGCUCGCGAAGAUGCAUCGCGCCGACGUCGUCCACGGCGACCUGACGACGUCCAACAUGAUGCUCCGCCGCCCGUCCGCCGCGCAGCCAGCUGCGGAACUGGUCCUCAUCGAUUUCGGGCUCGCGUACAUCUCGACGCUCCCCGAGGACAAGGCGGUGGAUCUGUACGUGCUCGAGCGCGCGUUCGCGUCGACGCACCCGCAAUCGGAGCCGCUCUUCGCGGGUGUGCUCAACGCGUACGCCAAGGGAAUGGGCAAAGACUGGACGCCGGUGUCGCGACGCCUCGACGACGUGCGUCUGAGAGGACGUAAACGGAGUAUGGUAGGAUGA